AUGUCCCUCGCCGUCCCCUUCCUCCUCGCCCCCUCUCUCCCCAGCCAGACAGAUGACCAUGCGCUGCCCGUCCAGCCGACGCAUCUUGUCUCCUGGACGGACCCUUCCGGCGCUCAGCAUACCGCGCUGACGGGGGAGGACAACACCCUCUGGGUAGUAUCAGCAGAAAUACGAAAGGGGCCAAAGAUACCGCAUCCUAGAGAGGAGAGUAUUCUCCCAGAUCUGCCUACGAUUCGACCAAUAGACUCCCCGACCUCGCCAAGACACUCCCGGUCUCACUCCAGGUCCAAGACCGGUCAGCGCACGCCUUCUUUCAGUCACCGCGCCCGCACCAUCUCAUCAUCGUCUCUCUCUACUAUAGGAUCAAGUAAAAGGCUUGCAGGUGCAUUCUCCCCGCCCCUCGCUGCACAUCAGCUGCCGACGGCCACCUUGUCUUCGGCUACUGCUGCCGCUGCCCCGCAUGAUCAUCUUGCACACACACAUUCCCCUUCGGACCUUUCCGGCAGCUCCGGAGAACGAAGAGACAGCAAAUCUGAUCUUGUCGAGCAUUUGAAGGAACAUCAAGAGAAGGACCGCAAUGGGCGCAAUCCCUCGGGGCUCGUUGGCCUUGGGUUUAGGAGAGGGGUCACAGGGGUCUAUGGACAAGCAGAGCAUAGCGAACAUUCGGGUUCGACGUCGCCGAAAUCGUCUUUAUCCCUGGCGCUCUCGAAUUCAACGAAGGAGACUGUCUCCGGGUCAAGCAAGAUGUUUCGGUUUCUCCGUCGAGGCUCGGAUGAUGAUGAGGCUGAAAGCAGAGACCUGGACGAAAGAGUGCAGGAAAUUCAGGUGGAAACAGAGAUGGAGAAAGAGAGGAAGGAUGCUCAGAGGGAAAAGGAAAAUAUGGGGAGGAUUGAGCGGGCGAUAGGCAGGAGCCCAAAGGUACCCGGUGUGGAUGAAGGCAAGAGCCACGCAGAGGAGCAUGGAUGUGAGUGGGGCAACAGAAAGGUGUGGAGGAUCGUACUCCGACAGGUAGGUCGAGGCAAGAUUGUAAGCCUCAAAGCCUAUCUCGACCUGGGUGUACUGGCCGUGCUGAGGGAUGAAGGUCUUUUGGACCUGUUCUCUCUGGACGGUCUGCAAUCUGUGGCAUCUGUUGACCUUGACGCCCCAUCAGGCAGCCCAUCCUCCAGUAAAACCCCAAAGCUGGACAAUUACUGGUCCUGGCGCAGCCUACAUCUCGCUAGGUCGGAUGGUAAAUUCAUGCUGUUCGCGCAUGGCCUCCCAUGGCCGUGUGGGGUACCCAGUCCUAAUGGUGAACUUACCCAUGUCAUUGCUCUCACAGUCGACUGUCAGAAGAAGGAAGUGAAAGCCGUAGCUAGACUGGAACUUCCUGGCGAAGGGGAUGUUGGGGUGUUCUGUGGAUCUGAGAGCUAUUUACUGCACGCCACGCCCACGUCUUUGAUGUCUUACCCCAUCAUAUUUGCCCCUGAUGAUCACCCUUCCAAGAGCCCGCCAGGACAACAAGCUCGACACGUCUCAGCAGCCUUGCCCUCUCGCUCGCCCACACCCAACAUCGCGUCCUCUGCCGGCUCCGUGAGGAAGUCUCGCUCUUCGUCAAAUCUCACUUCAGACCCCUCCCACCAUCCAUCACCCGACACUUCUGAGAAAGAAAAGAGCAUCCACAAUUUCCUUUCCCUUCCCAACGGUCCUCACUGGCCUUCUCGAAAGAAAGAACCCGAGAAGGCUGAGGAAGCGCUCCCAGCUGCAGGGCUGGGCGAGGGUAGGGAGGUGGAAAGGGAUGGGUAUGGACACUGGGAGAGAAUGGUGUUGGGAGAAGGCGGAGAAGGGGAGGGGGCGGGGUGGAGUGAGUAUGGUGUUGAUGUCUUUUCGUGCGAUGGAAAGAGUAUGCAAGUUAGGGGGUCGAUCCCUGUCCAAGUCAAAGCAGGUGAGACUCUGGACAUAAAGCGAGUCUUGUUUUCUCCGCGGUGGCAGCAGGUCGCUCUGCUUGGCAAGGAGGGGAAACUUGAGAUAUACGUCCCUUCAGCGGAUACUUUAUCGGGAAACAGGUUCAAAUUUGCACGGGUUCUGUGCCAGCCAGAUAUCGCAACUAUAUAUAUAUCUCCCUCAUCCACCUUGUGGACUGCAGGCGCAAGCUCGGUACGAACCACCAACCUCUCGUCACUUCCGCGCGCCGGCGAGUCGGAUAUGGAAGAAUGGAAGACAUGCCUUAAGCUUCUGGCCCCAGACCAAAACCUGAGAGUCGAUAAGGGAGAGUUCAGUCAUAUCGUUCCGUAUGGCUUGGAAGACGCUUUUGUCGCUGAUUUCCAAGGCAAUAUACUACGACGGAAAUUGACCUCUAUUGUCUCUCCCAGCUACCACUCGGCUUUGAUCAGGAGCAACAAUGAAGAAGAGAACCAUCCUUGCGUCGAUCGCCUUGACGCGCCAGUCACGUGUAUGAAGAUCCUUCGGGCUUCUAGUCCGGGAGGAGAACGUCAAUUAUUGGCAGUCGGGGAUGAGGACGGUGUCGUCCGAAUCUGGACCGUAGAAGACUUUGCAUUCCAAGGGUCAUGGACGCUUUUUGCUUGGCCUGUAGAGUCGUUUGCAGUCCUUGACAAACCGCAAGCGGGCCCUCUUCAGAACUGCUUGCUGGCCGCUUCCCGAGCAGGGACUGUGGCAGUACUAGGACUGGAUGAGAUGGAGCCUCGAUUCACAAUACCCGCUGCCCGAUCACCUCUCCGCGCGAUUCAUGUCUCCGACCGUGACAUCCUUUUGGCGUACGCAAAUGGCAAAGCGAGAGUCUGGAACACAACUACUCAAGAGUUCAGACGGUCGACAGGCUUGAGCGCGGCUGAGGAUAUGCUUGCAGCCGGUGACUGGUUGGAGGUUAACCUUCAUUGCUCAGGCAAGGAAGAACCUAUCAGUUUGGGCAACAUGGGGGGUAACGUGUAUAGCGAACUCGGCCGACUGCUUACCUUGGACCUGCGUCUGUUGUCCAAAUGGUUACACUCGGCCAAAAACAAUCCUUCGCAUAGUCCCUUAAGGGCUUUGAGGAUGUUGCUGUCCGUAUUCUUGACGUGGGGUAUCAAUGACGGCAUCGACGAGAUCUGUGAGGAAGAGUUGGGGAUUGGCAAGCUAGAGAAUGGUGUCGUUAUUGGCUGUGGUGAUGAGUCAUAUAAACUCGCCUAUGCUAGUGGCGCCGACGUUUGGCGGGCAUCUGAAAGGGUUACGGGACUCAGAUUACUCACCAUAGUGGCUCUCCUGCGACCUUUCUUGAAUUCCCCAGAUAUGGAGCCCCGAGCAGCAGAAGUCAUUGCCUUCUACACUUCAUCUUUACCAGCAACGAUAGUGGAGCCGGACUUGCAGUUCUUUGCUGGGUACUACAUGGACUUAUCAGUCGACGUCCAACAAGCUGCAAGGAUGUUGUUCGCUUCCAGAGUCAUCCGUUUGUCGGAGAGCGAUGUAGAGGAGCUUGUCGAGUUGAUCGAACAUGAUUUACCUGUCCAUCAAUCAGGCACGGCAAGGUUCAGCAGUCAAGCCGCCAAUGCACUUACAGUCUUAGGAGGCAUUGCACUGCAGAGGUAUCAGAGUAUGCAGAUAAGCGUGCUCAAGGCUCUUUCAGAGUCGGUGAAUCUCUUCCUUCAUGAUCCAAAGGGUCUUCAUCUAUCGUUGGCUGUGGAACUCUGCUCGAAGGGUUUCACCACUUGGCAAACAUACGCGGACCCUUCGAAUCUUCUCCGUCGCCUAUUCUUCCUCGCUACCAAUAAAGAGCCCCCGUCCAUGUCUCCUACGAAGCUCGCAUUGUCAACCACUGUUUCGGCUCAAGCGCGCCUUGCGGUGCUCCAUGUGGCAUCCUCCAACCCCCCGCUGUUCAUGUCAACGUUGUCAAUGGAUAUUCUGGACGCAAAGACUGCAGAGAGCAGGAGCGCUAUCAUGAAGCUGUGUGUAUUCAUGGCGAGGAAGAAACCCGCGGUGCUGGAAAAUGGACUGCCGAGGAUUGCUGAAGCGGUCGUGAAGAGUCUCGAUCCAAAUCUGGGCAAGAUGAGAGAUGAUGUCUGGCAAGCAGCCACGGUCAUUUUGAACGAGCUUGUGCUCGCCUUCUCGACGAUAGACUUUCACAGCGGUACCCAGCGCCUGGCAGUUGGCACCCACGAGGGAGCUGUCAUCAUGUAUGACCUCAAGACCGCUUCCCGUCUCUAUGUCCUUGAACCACACAAGGCCCCGGUAUCAGCUGUUUGCUCCUCCACCGAUGGUCGACGGCUUCUGACUGUGUCGCUCGAGGAAGGACUGGUAACAGUAUGGAAGGUUGGGAGUAGUUUGAGCGGAUUCUUCAAUGUCGGAGGACCCCCUAGACAGGGUGGAGAGAAAGGAGAGCCGUUCAAAAAGAUAAUGUUCAGGCGGGCCGAUGAUCAACCGCUCAACUCCACAUCAGCUUUGAGCGAUGUACAGAUUACAUGGCUGGGUGCGCGCCAGGCGAGGGUGACGAUAAAAGAAACAGCUUUGACAUUCGAAACGUAA